UUGAUUGAAAAUAAAAGAAUUAGCACUCGAUUGUCUGAAUUGUUCAAUGGUUCUCCUGUUAAUCCUUCUGAUGCGAUUCCACCUCCAGUUAAAUCCUCAUUUGGUACUAAUGGUGUAUACAUUGGUUCGCAUGACAAAAAUGCAGAAGUCAACAGUAAUAAUACUGUUACUGGUGGGAUAUACGACAGUCGCGUUGAUGAAAACAACAACAGAUACAACAGUGUUAAACAUCCCAUCAUAUCCAGUUCAAUGUUCACUUCUAUUCAACAGACAACAGUAAAUCCUUCAACAUUGAUAUCAUCGUCAACAACUAGAAUCAAUAUACAGAAUGGUAAAAAACCAAUGAUUACCGACCAAUUGCUAGAAUGGAUUUUUGAAGAAUGUGUUGAUGAGGUGAUCCAGUUUUCAAAACUUGCUCAAACAGUUUUACUCGAAUCGAUAACCAUUGACGAAUUAGUUGAAAAGUUGCUAAUUGAUGUUAUCAAGAGCAUAUUGUUAAUAAGGAAUUCAUUGCCCAAUUAA